AAAUGUAUACUUGAGUAUAAUCAUUAUCUAAACGAGUCUGUAUAAUGUCUCUGGAAUUUUUUUUCGCUUUGCAUACAGAAACGUUGUCUAAUAUUGAGCUUGGUCUAGAUGAACGCUGACUGCAUCGCGAGGCUUCCCUUCAAACUUUCCCAUGCCUUUACUACUGGUUAUUUCUAGUUCCUCCGUGAGACAGAAACUGAGAAAUGACUUGUGCUAGAGUUAAUUUCGCCCGGCGUUUCAAAAAUCGGCAGAGAAGGAAGCGAUCGGUCUCUUUCCUGCUCGUUUACGGUACUGGCAUUCUCGAGAGAUGCCAUGUGGUGGUCUCCUUCUCGCCUCACGCCCUCCAGCGCCACACGAACAAGGUCAUCCAAACGCUCUUGGAGCACCGAAGGGUUGUUGUCAAGAUGAACAUAGAGUCUUGUCCAACCUGAUACUGUUUUCAUCACGAUCCAGAAAAAUAGCAUAGCCGCCUCCUGCGCAGUAUGAGGACUCUUAAUAAUAAAGACGGGACUUGGAAUUAAGUGAGAUCACUUACCAUGAAAUAAACACCCACUUGCCAGGCCAAUGAGACUGGAGCCCUGAUGUUCCACCAGAUUGAGCUCGACGCAAUGAUCAGGAGAAUACAUCCCACCAAGCCGACCACUGCAG